AGUACACACUGCAGACUUUGAUCUAAAACUACAGGAGACAAAGUCAAAUAAUAUGCUACCUUUGCCGGUGCACUGGGUGGGGAGAGAGUGAGAGUCACAAGUUCGUUUCGGUUGUAUACAAUGCGUACACGGAAGGGCACAGGGUGGUUUGUGAUGGCCGUGUCUCAGUGGAUGUUCUGUGCUGCAGUGCUGCUCCUCCUCAUCCAGGGGCUCCAGUGUUCUCCCGUUCCCCCUGCUUGUCCGGAGUCCUGCCUUUGUCAGAAAGGUCUGCUAAACUGUUCCUUCGCUGGCCUUUCCCAGGCCCAACAACAUGUUCCAUCCACUGUCACUGAACUAGAUCUAUCUCACAACCUCCUGAAGUCCGUUACCCCCUCAUGGUCAAGUUGGAGGCUUAAGAGUCUAUGGCUUGGACACAACAGCAUCACUCACCUGUCUCUGUGUGUGCGGAGGACCUGGAGGGGUAAACAUUGGAAAAUCCCCCUCUCACGUAGCCGAGGGAGAUGUGUGUCCUGGGCCCCAACUCUGCAGCUGCUCUCUGCUGAGAGGAACCAGCUAGAGAUGAUUCCUGAAGGCCUGGGAGGUAGUGAGUUCCUACAGGUGCUGCAGCUCUCCCACAACAGGAUCUCUGACCUGCGACCUGGAGACCUGAGCAGGUGCCCCCUUCUGAGAGAGAUCCAUCUGCAGCACAACCGUAUCUCCAACCUCCACCCACAGGCCCUGAGGGACAUGCCAGAGCUCAGGGUCCUGGAUCUGAGCUUCAACUUGUUGACCACGAUCACUCCAUCAGCCUACCUGUCGCUGCGUAACCUGAAUGCCCUGGUGGAGGUGAGUGGGAACAGGUGGAGGUGUGACUGCAGCCUGCGGAGCUUGAGGAGGAAGAUGGCCUACGACAGGGACAGGGCCCUGCAGCAGACCUGGAGGGGGGUGGUGUGUACAUCCCCCUCCACCCACGCAGGUAGAGACCUGCUACACCUGGAGGACAGUGACCUCACCUGCUCUACUGCUGAGAACAGGGCGGGGCUCCACCAGGAUGUGACAGUGGAUAAAGGGAUGGAGAUCCUGCUGCCCUGUGGCUCUCCAAAGCAAGAUUCAACAUGGUGGACGCCCAAUGGACAAGUUCCUGGGAGCCAGGCAGGCCUGCUGAUCAGUGACAUCACAGAGCGAGACGCAGGACUGUACGUGUGCAUCUCUGGGCCUCACAAGGAGUCUGUGUCUGUAUUCAACCUGCUUGUUCACAAGGCAGAGAGGAAAACCAGAGACACUAGGAGUUUACACAGGGAGCGGCUACAGAUGAACUCAGAGUUAGGCAGCAUCCAGGGGGAAGGUCAGGAGACAGACCUGAACUCUCUAGACCUCCACAGGGCUACCCAGAGAACACAGUCUGACUUGGUCCUGGCUGUCUGCCUGUCUGUGUUCAUCACCUUCCUGGUAGCAUUUGUAAUUGGUGCUCUGACCAGACCUCUCCUGGACGCUCUCUGGAGGAGGUGUUGUAGCUGCUGUAACCGUACCAAGCAAAGCGCCUCCCCGCCACAAUCGGUCUCCUCUGCCGGGCAGUCCCCCUACGAUAACAAGGCCUAUUCAGAUGAGGAUGAGCGAGAGGAACUAGGGACACACAGGGAGAGGAGAGUGACAUUUAGUGGACAUCCUUCAGAACAAAUGGAUCAGAAUAGUAUUCCAUACUAUGAUACUGUGGCCAAUGGCAUGCAGGACAACCUCGCUGGGGAAUAUGAUGCAACAUAUGAGAAUGUUCAGGAGAGGGAUACCUCACACCCCUCCCUUGAGGUCUAUCACCCGCCUGAGGAGGAGAAGCCUAGGGUACGGGGCUCUGUCAGCUCAGGAAGCUUCCGACAUGACAACCCAGAGACAGACACUCACAGUGGAGAUCUCUCUGAUAUGUCUCUGAGUGAACCACAAAGGGGCGCUUACCCAGUCCAUACCCACGGCAUGGAGUUUGAAUCCAUCCCCGACCCAGAACAGUUGCAGGGGUGUCGAAGCUCGUCUGUGUCUUCACACUCUGACCAGGAGAGUCCAGAUAGGGAUCAGGAUAUGGACUGGCCCAAAGACAAUUUGGCUCAGAGAUUGGAGGAGCUCAAGACCCGGAAUAAUUCCUGGGAGCCUCAAUCCCCCCAGAAGGAAGACGACUCCUUUGAGCGGAGUUCAGAUUUCCCUACAGUUAAACCAGUUGAUGUUCUACAGAUCAACAUUGGCAGAGUGGGUGAGAUCCCUGGAUUUGCUUAUAGGAAAUCAAACAUGGCAGAUCCCAACCCCAUGGAUCCUGAGCUGUGGAAUGACAGCGGAGAGAGCUUUGAGUUCCCCGAUUCCAUCCAAGGUGCAUCGGCACGAUCCAGUAGUCAAGAUCUUUCAGGUUCUGCUUUUGCUGAUCAGUUGAGAAAAGACUAUGAACAAGCGUGGAAUAAAGAAACACUUGUGGAAGAAUGGAGGGAGAAUGAUGAGUCCAGCUCCAGCAACUCAAGUGACAGUGGGAAUGAACCUACAGAGUACACUGUGAACCCAGAGAUGGGGGUAGUGAAGGAGAAGGAGAUUGUCCAGGAUGCACUACCACAUGAUAGCACAACAGACCCUGCAGCAGCGAACCCCUAUCUCAAACAUGAUGUCAGUUUGGACAAGCAGCACUAUAAGGACCCAGUCAGUCCCUCUCCAGAUGAGGAUGGAUUUCAUGUGAGUGAACUGAGACAGGAAGUUCAACGCUCUCAUUUGUUUUCAGAGCACUCUGAUUUGUCCAGUGAUAGUAGUGAUGAACCCACAAAGUACACAGUGAACAAGGAUAGCGAUGAGGAAGAGGAGGAUGAAGCUCAAGUCCCAGCUGUGACACACAAAGGUCCAUCUCUCAGUCUUGGAGACAUUAAUGUAUCUUUGGCCUCAAGGAAAGCUCUCAAUAUUGGCUUCUCCAAGGAUGGUUUUCAAUAUCAACCAGAGCCUGAGACAAGGUCGACUGGCUUGGAUCGAACCACCCAGAGUGCCAUCAGCACAAAGGAGCCCCUUCCCCAAACGUCAUUGCCCUCAGACGUGGCAAGGGUUGAAGACCCACCAGUUUCAGUCUACAUCCCCAGACUCAGUAAGCGUUUAGAUAUUCAGCCUCCUCAGGAAGCUUCACCUGCUCCCGCAAAAACACCACCACCCUCUGAAUCCUCUUCCAGCAGUGAGAGUGAAGAUGAGACUACAGAUAACUCAAUGAAACUUGACAGAGAGGUCCCAGAUGUCUCACAGAAGAAUUCAUCUCUCAGUCUUGGAGACAUUAAUGUCUCUUUGGCUCCAAGGAAAGCUCUCAAUAUCGGCUUUUCCAAGCAAGGUUACCAAUAUCAACCAGAGCCUGAAAAAAGGUUGACUGGCGUGGGUCUUUCUCUCCAGAGUGCCAUCACCCCAAAGGAGACUUCAUUGCCCUCAGACGGGACAAGGGCUGGAGAGUCUCCAGCUCCAUUCUAUAUCCCCAGCCUCAGGAGAUGUCUGGAUAUUCAGCCUCCUCAGGACACUACACCUGCUCCACCACGAACACCACCACCCUCUGGUUCAUCCUCUUCUAGAAGUGAAAGUGAGGAUGAGACUACAAUGAAUCAAAAAAGAGAAGAGAAAGCUAAGGUCCCAGAUUCAUCUUUCAUUCCCGCAGGCAUUGAUGUCUCUUUUGCUCCAAGGAAAGCUCUCAAUAUUGGCUUCUCCAAGGAGGGUCUUCAAUAUCAAUCAGAGCCUGAGACAAGGUCGACUAGCUUGGAUCUCUCCUCUCAGAGUGAAUUCACCCCAAAGGAGCCUCCUCCCCAACAUCGAUUCCCAGAAGGGACAAGGACUGGAGAGACUCCACUAGAUAUCCCCAGCAUCCGGGGACAUUUAGAUAUUCAGGCCACUCAGGAAACUCCACCUGCUGCCCCAGGGUCAUGCCGACCUGCUGGUUCAUCCUCUUCUAACAGUGAAAGUGAAGAUGAGACGACAAUGAAUCAAAAAAGGGAAGAGAAAUCUCAGGACUCCGAUUCAUCUUUCAUUCCCGCAGGCAUUGAUGUCUCUUUUGCACCAAGGAAAGCGCUCAAUAUUGGCUUCUCCAAGGAGGGUUUUCAGUAUCAAUCAGAGCCAAGUUUGACUGGCAUGGGUCUAACCUCCCAGAUUGCCAUCAGUACAAAGGAGCCCCUUCCCAAAUCUUCAAUUCCCUCAGAUGGGACGAGGGAUGAAGAGUCUCUAGUUCCACUCUAUAUCCCCAGUUUCAAGAGACAUGUGGAUAUUCAGCCUCCUCAGGAGACUCCCCCUGCUGCCCCACAAACACCACCACCCUCUGGUUCAUCCUCUUCUGGAAGUGAGAGUAAGGAACUUGACAGAGAGGUCCCAGAUGUCACACACAAGGAUCCAUUUCUCAGUCUUGGAGACAUUAAUGUCUCUAUAGCCCCAAGGAAAGCUCUCAAUAUCAGCUUCUCCAAGGAGGGUUUUCAAUAUCAACAAGAGCCUGAGACAAGGUCGCCUAGCUUGGAUCUCUCCUCUCAGAGUGAAUUCACCCCAAAGGAGCCUCUUCCCCAAAAUCGAUUCCCAGAAGGGACAAGGACUGGAGAGACUCCACUAGAUAUCCCCAGCCUCGGGGAACAUUUAGAUAUUCAGGCCACUCAGGAAACUCCACCUGCUGCCCCAGGGUCACGCCGACCUGCUGGUUCAUCCUCUUCUAACAGUGAAAGUGAGGAUGAGACGACAAUGAAGCAAAAAAGGGAAGAGAAAUCUCAGGACUCCGAUUCAUCUUUCAUUCCCGCAGGCAUUGAUGUCUCUUUUGCUCCAAGGAAAGCGCUCAAUAUUGGCUUCUCCAAGGAGGGUUUUCAGUAUCAAUCAGAGCCAAGUUUGACUGGCAUGGGUCUAACCUCCCAGAUUGCCAUCAGUACAAAGGAGCCCCUUCCCAAAUCUUCAAUUCCCUCAGAUGGGACAAGGGAUGAAGAGUCUCUAGUUCCACUCUAUAUCCCUAUUUUCAGGAGACAUGUGGAUAUUCAGCCUCAUCAGGAAACUCCACCUGCUUCCCUACGAACAUCGCAUAACUCUGAAUCAACCUCUUCCAGCAGUGAGAGUGAAGAUGAGACUACAAUGAACCAAAAAAGAGAAGAGGAGAAAGCUAAGGUCCCUGAUGUCACAUAUAAGUAUCCAUCUCUCAGUCCUAGAGACACACCCAUUAAUGUCUCUUUUGUUCCAAGGGAAGCUCUCAACAUUGGCUUCUCCAAGGAGAGUUUUCAAAAUCAAUCAUCAGAGUCAAAGUAUGAGAGUAUAACCACCACAAAUGAUAGAGGUUUUCAGGAAGAUGCCAAGCCUGCUCCCAAAACAUCAAUAUUUUACUCCACCUCCUCAGACAGGGCGAGAACUGAGGAGCCACCAGUUCCACUCUACAUCCCUGGACUCUGGAGGCAUCAGAAUAUCCAGCCCUCUCAGGAUGCUACACUUGCCGAAUCAUCCUCUGCUAGCAGUGAGAAUGGAGAUGAGCUUACAGAACACACAAAGAAACCAGGGAGAGACGUCACAGAUUUCUCGCUCAGUCCUGGGGACACGCCUAUUAAUGUCUCCUUUGCCCCAAGAAGAGCUCUCAAUAUCAGCCUUUACAACUCAGCCAGUACCACAGAGGAGGUGGAGAGGAAGACCGGAGCAGAGGACAGGUGGGAAAGGCCAGGGCUUGGUGGUCUGAAGGCACUGUCAGAGACACAAAGGUGGGACACAAAGGACAGUUCUACAAACAUGAAUGUUUCUUUCUCUCAAAGGAGUGCUCUCAAUAUCAACUCAGACAGCAGCACAGAUGAGGUGGGCAGGAGAGCCAGAGCAGACUACAGCAGUCCCAUACUAGAGCGUACCAUUAGCAGAAAGGACGGAGGCUUUGAGGAAGAAACCAAUCCCUCUCCCCAACUGUCUUUUCCAAAAACAUCAUCCCUUUUCUCCACUUCCACUGAUGAGGCGAGGCCUAUAGAGUCUCCACUCCAAAUCCCCCGCCAUAGGAGGCGUCUAGUUGUAGACAUUCAGCCCCACCUGGCUCCACCUAGUGCCCCAGGAACACCACCACCAUUCCCAGAGGGAGAAGAGGCAGCUGGUUCUGGAUGGAGGAGCAGGGGACAACAGAGGUGGAGAGCCAUAGAUGGAUUUGGCCGUACAUCCAUGACACAGGGAGAUGAAGGAGAGAACUAUAUGGGGUUAUUGGCUGCUAAACCAUUCGGCACAGCUCGUCAGUACCAGAGCGUUACCCCAGAAACCAUUAUGGCCACACAGCAUAGUGAGAUCUCCGAGAGGGAUGGUUCUGACCUGACCUUCUCCACUGUGAGACACAGUGAGGCUUAAGACCGACUGUAUUUGUUUGUGCUGAUUUAAGAUAAGUUGCACUUAAUAUUGAGAAAAACGCAGCAGACGACAAAGAAAUUAGAAGUUGGAUUUUAUAUUUUAUUACAGAAUUAUACUGUUCUUACAUUGUAAAAUAUGAGUAAUUUGUGGUGGAAAACCAGACAUGUUAAUCGUAAUGAAAAUGCUGUUUAUAUGACUUUGAAUGAUAUAAUAGACUGAGGGAUUGUAAAGGUGGGAGCAUGAAACACUGUUUGAAUUUCCUAGAUUCACAUCCUUACCUACCUUACUCGAUACACAAAUCCCCUUUUUUCUUUGCCACAAAAUAUAUAUCUUCAUGACACUGCCUCUCCACAUGAUGUGUAUGCACAGACUGGUCAUAGACUAGACGUAACAUAGCAAACGUAAAUCCGGGACCCUGAAAUUAGUAUGAUACACUAUAUAUACAAAAGUAUGUGGACACCCCUUAACAUGACUGUUUUCAGCUAUUUCAGUCACACCCAUUGCUGACAGGUGAAUAAAAUCGAGCAGACAGCCAUGUAAUCUCCAUAGACAAACAUUGGCAGUAGAAUGGCCUUACUGAAGAGCUCUGUGACUUUCAACGUGGCACUGUCAUUCUGAUGCCACCUUUCCAACAAGUCAGUACGUCAAAUUUCUGCCCUGCUAGAGCUUCCCUGGUCAACUGUAAGUGCUGUUAUUGUGGAAUAGAAAUGUCUAGGAGCAACAACGGCUCAGCCAUGAAGUGGUAGGCCACACAAGCUCAUCGAACGGGACCCCUGAGUGAUGAAGCGCGUAAAAAACGUUGCAACACACUACCGAGUUCCAAACUGCCUCUGGAAGCAACUUCGGCACAAUUACUGUUUGUCAGGAGCUUCAUGAAAUGGGUUUCCAUGGCUACUUGCCCCAAUGCAUAGUGCCAACUGUAAAGUUUGAUGGAGGAGGAAUGAUGGUCUGGGGCUGUUUUCCAUGGUUCGGGCUCGGCCCCUUAGUUUCAGUGAAGGGAAAUCUUAACGCUACAGCAUACAAUAACAUUCUAGAAAAUGUUGUGCUUCCAACUUUGUGGCAACAGUUUGGGGAAGGCCCUUUCCUGUUUCAGCAUGACAAUGGCCCCGUGCUCAAAACGAGGUCCAUGCAGAAAUGGUUUGUCAAGAUCGGUGUGGAAGAACUUGACUGGCCUGCACAUAGCCCUGACCUCAACUCCAUCGAACACCUUUGGAAUGAAUUGGAACGCCGACUACGAGUCAGGCCAACAUCAGCGCCUGACCUCACUAAUGUUCUUGUGGCUCAAUGGAAGCAAGUUCCUGCAGCAAUGUUCCAACAUCUAGUGGAAAGUCUUCCCAGAAGAGUGGAGGCUGUUAAAGCAGCAAAAGGAGGACCAACUCCACAUUAAUGUCCAUGAUUUUGGAAUGAGAUGUUCGACAAGCAGAUGUCCACAUACUUUUGGUCAUGUAGUGUAUGUUAUGUUUGGUAUGUUUACAUAAGAUAGGUUACUUAAAUCAAAAACAAAAAGGAGGGUGGAAAAAGGAGGAAGGGAAGCGCUACUAAGGGACACAAUAGUACAUUUUGGUAGACAGAAGGUGUUCUUUGGUAAAAGGGGUGAAUUGGUCAUCAAAAAGAAAGGAGGACCAAGGCACUCUUCAUAUAAUUCAUUAAAAUGCCUUUAUUUGUAUGGAAUGUUCAAUAGAAACAAAAACCCAACGUGUUUCAGCUACAUGGCCUUCGUCAGGGAGUACAAACGGAGGGUAGUUGGUCAGGUGGAUGGGUAAGCAUAGAACGUGAACACCUAGCAACCCAAAGGUUGUGUGUUUGAACCUCAUCAUGGACAACUUGAGCAUUUUAGCCAAUUAGCCACAACUUAAAAUGUUAGCCAACUCUUCCCCUAACCCUAACCAUUUUAGCUAACCUCCCUAACCCUAACCUAGCUAACAUUAGCAUUAGCCACCCCUAGCUAACGUUAGCCACGACAAAUUGGAAUUCGUAACAUAUCGUAUGAAUUGAAAUUCAUAACAUAUCAUACGAAAUGCUCUGAGACCACGUUGGUAUGCAUCAUAAAUAAACCUGUAAAGAAA